AUGACCACAGCAAUUUCAUUCCACGCGGCAUUCCUCGAAGACAUCCUCAAUCGUCAGACCAAAAGGCGAAGGACGAUAGACCCAGUGUAUGCAUUCCCACACCAACCACAAUUACAUACCAACAACCGUCCCGAGCCUUCGCCAGCUGGUAAAUCAGCUCCAGUGGACCUAGUGAGUAAAGACAAUGUGAUCAACUACGUGAAAGAAGAAGAGACCAUAAGGAACGAUUAUUGCGAUUGGUUCGCAAGGUCGGAAGAGAAUGAGUUCCCGAGUAAUUGGAUAUUAGGAGCGAGGGAUGAAGAGAUCUGUGAAGAAUAUCCAGCUCUUAAGAAACUCAUGAAUCUCAAAUCCUCCCUCGUCUCCACCCAUUCCCAUCCCGCUUUAUACCUACAACUUCCAUCCGACUCUCCCAAUGCAGUACAAAGCGGACUGGGCACCAACAAAUUCGAUGUCAUCUUGAUUAAUCCACUGGUGUCAUCUUGGGAACAAACAUCCAACUUACCUAUCCGUCAGAUAUCAUCCGAUCCAAGCUUCGUAUUCCUUUGGGUGGGAAAGGGGGAUAACGAAGGGUUGGAGAGGGGAAGAGAAUGUUUCGCGAAAUGGGGAUUUAGGAGGGCGGAAGAUAUAGUUUGGGUGAAGACGAAUAAACAAGACUCCUCUUCAAAGACAUAUACUCACGCUGCCGACGAAGAUCGUAAAAAUGCGAAUACAAAUCAAGAGCAAGAUGAAAAUUUAGGGUUGCAAAGUGUUACGAAAAGAAGAAAGAUCGAAAGCGGUUCAUUAUUCGCUAGUCAGAAGGAACACUGCCUAAUGGGUAUAAGGGGAACGGUCAGGAGAUCAACGGAUAUGAGAUUCGUACAUUGUAAUGUCGAUACCGAUGUGAUGAUUUGGGAAGGAGAUGACGAUCGCAAUUCUCCAGUAUUCCCACCAUAUCUCUACACCCUCAUCGAAAACUUCUGUCUCGGUACCAGACGACUGGAAUUAUUCCCCACAUCGCCCAACCCACGUAGAGGCUGGGUCACAGCCUCUACCACUCCCGUCUGUUCUAUCACGACAGAAGAGGUGGUCCCAUUCGAUCAUACGACUUACCCAGCGAUGAUAACAGAAUCAGAUGGUAGACCUGUGUUACCCUAUCAUACAGAGAUCGACUCCUUACGUCCUAAAUCACCUCAACGUCGUCCACGAAAUCUACCUGGUGGAAAUGGUGGAGGCAAUUUGACACCUAACAGUACAGGUAAUAGACCAAGUCCGAAUCCUAAUCCGACUUCUUCAGGCUUUAGAUCACAGAAUAGACAACGCCAACAACCUCAACAGCAACCCAAUAUGGGCAUGAGCAUGCAGGGCUAUAAUCCUUUCAACGGGCAGGUGAAUAAUCCUAUGAUGAACCCUAUGGGAAUGAUGGGCAUGGGCGUAGGUAUGGGUAUCAUGCCAUUCGCAAAUAAUCCUUAUGGCCAGAUGGGAAUGGGAAUCAAUAACGGACAACCUGGUAAUUUCGCUCAGAUACCUAUGGGUAUGCAAAUGCCCAUGCAAAUGCCUAUGGGAAUGGGAAUGGGGAUGGGGAUGGGGAUGGGGAUGGGGAUGAUGCCUUUUGGAGGAAGUGGGGGUGGAUUCGAUCCAAUGAAUAUGGGUGGAUUCAAUCCUCAACAAGGUCAAGGAAAUCAAAACCAGCAGAAUCAGGGUGGAAUGGGAUGGCAAGGCAGUUGGCAGUGA